AUGUCACAAUCGACGUCGUCGGACGUGGACGAUAUCGACGCGUUACGACCGUCGACGCAGUUGACACGGUGCGGAGAAAGUCGAGAGAAUGGACAGAAAUCGUCAUCAGACGUCGUCGUCGUGAUAUCUCCGGACGUGAAUUCGAGAGGCGAGAAGCGCGCGUUGGACGUUCAACGCGAUGCCACGAACGAGCGGACGAACGCGCGAACGACGUCGUCGGAGGUGAUCGAUCUGUUGGACGACGAGGAUGAGGACGGGGACGAGACGCGUGCGGAGACGGCGAAUGCGGCAAGCGCCGAACCGUCGAUCGCGGCGAAAACGGUGGAUCGAGACAUUUCACGAGAGAAUUUGGGCCGCAACGGCCACGGAGCGACCACGAUGACGGCGACGACGUCGGAAAAGUCCGCGGAAAAGUUCCCGCCAAUGGAUUGCGCGAAGAGAGAGUUUAGCCAAAUCACGUGCGUGCUCGACGUCGCAAGUUUUUUCGCCGCGGAUACGACAGGAUACGGGCGCGCGCUGCAGAUCGCGUUCGACGCGACGCGGCAAAAGUCGCCCGAUAAGGUUAUCAUGUACGCCUACGAACCCUUGCCACUUCCUCGAAGCGUGACAUGGAGAUAUCACGUCGUCUCCGAUCGAGCCGUCGGCGGAGACAGUUGGAACGCCGAGAUGCUGCGUUCGCAUCGUACGCACAGCGCGAGGUAUACCGCGGUGUUGCUGAGCGGUGAGAGGUUUUUAGAAAUUAUCGAGAACGACUGCGAAAAGUUAAAGGAGAUGGUGGCGACGUUCGAGAGGCACAGCGAGUGCAAUGACGACAAGCUCUGCUUAAUCGUCGAGGCGCCGCACAAGAAUGCGACGAACAAAGAGAGGCGCAAUUGCGACUACGAUAACCCGAGCGCCGGAUGGUCGAGGGAGCAUUACGACGCUGUCGUGGCUCAGAUGGCCGUGCAGUACUCCAACGUGGUCUUAGUUGCGCUUCCAGGGAUGAACGACUGCGUUGAGCACGUCGUCUUGCUGCACAACCAACUCGCAGUUCGACGAAGUCAUCAAGGUCUGUCGAUGAAGGACUUUCUCACCGACAAAUCGGGAGAAUACAUGGACGGACAGAAGAAGAAGCCCAAGCACGAGACCACGCAGAGGGACUUCUUCAUGCGCGCGUUGACGAAGAUAUCGGGCGUCACCGCGCCGCACGCGCGGGGCAUUGUGCACGAGUUCGAGUCCAUGGUGGCUCUCAUGGCCGCUUACGACGAUCCCUCGACGACUCUCGAGUUCAAGAAGAACAUGCUCGCUCACAUCAUGCCCUACGCCAUGGUCCAAUCAAGCGGCGUCGCGGUUCCCGGAGGAGGUAAAAAACAGUUUGGCCCCGCCAAGAGCGCGCGCGUGUACGAAUUUUUCAAGCCGAGAGCCGCGGAUGACAUGGGUGAUGACAUCCUGACCCGUCUCUCUGACGUCUGA